AGGAAGUCCGUUGCGUUGAGGUUCGGUCCGGGCAGCGCGAGGGGACACCGCGAGCUCCGGGCUCAACGGUCGCGGCCGAGGCGGGCGGGCGGCGGGCACCAUGAGGCUGCUCGGCUCCCUGCUCAAAAACCCCAUCCCCAAACAGAUCGAGUACUACUCGCGCUUCUCCCCAUCGCCUCUGUCGAUCAAGCAGUUCCUAGAUUUCGGUCGUGAAAAUGCAUGCGAGAAGACCUCUUUUAUGUUCUUACGAAAGGAACUACCAGUACGAUUGGCUAAUACAAUGAGGGAAGUGAACUUGCUUCCUGAUAACCUGCUGAGCAGACCUUCAGUGCAGCUUGUUCAAACGUGGUACAUGCAGAGUUUUUUAGAACUGCUAGAGUUUCAAAGCAAAGGCCCUGAAGAUGCUCGAGUGUUAAAUGAUUUUCUGGAAUCACUGGUUAAUAUCCGAAAUCGACAUAAUGAUGUUGUACCAACCAUGGCUCAGGGGGUUAUCGAAUAUAAGGAGAAGUAUGGUUUUGACCCGUUUAUAAGUAGUAAUAUUCAAUACUUUCUGGACCGUUUCUACACCAACCGAAUCUCAUUUAGGAUGCUUAUCAAUCAGCAUACUCUCCUCUUUGGAGGUAACACAAACCCAGCACACCCUAAGCACAUUGGAAGUAUUGAUCCAAACUGCAAUGUUGCAGAUGUUGUUAAAGAUGCAUUUGAGACUGCAAAGAUGCUGUGUGAACAAUAUUACACAGGGUCACCAGAUGUGGAGAUUAAUGAAUUUAAUGCUAAAGCACCUACAAAGCCUAUCCAAGUGGUGUACAUACCCUCGCAUCUCUUCCACAUGUUGUUUGAAUUGUUUAAAAAUUCUAUGAGAGCAACCGUUGAACUUCAUGAAGGGAGAAUGGAAGGUUACCCUCCUAUUAAAGCGUUGGUUACAUUAGGAAAGGAGGAUUUAUCUAUUAAGAUAUCUGACAAAGGGGGCGGUGUUCCACUACGGAAGAUCGAGCGUCUGUUUAAUUAUAUGUAUUCAACAGCACCCAGUCCCAGUUUGGAGCCAUCACGGGCAGCUCCACUAGCUGGUUUUGGAUAUGGCUUACCAAUCUCCCGCCUGUAUGCUCGAUAUUUUCAAGGGGACCUCAAACUGUAUUCCAUGGAAGGUCUGGGCACAGAUGCAGUCAUCUAUCUAAAGGCCCUGUCAAGUGAAUCUUUUGAACGACUUCCUGUUUUCAACAAAUCAGCCUGGCGACAUUACCAAACCAGUCCAGAAGCAGAUGACUGGAGUAAUCCCAGCAGUGAACCUAGAGAUGCCUCUAAGUAUAAGGCCAACAAUCCUGUUCCACCUGCAACCUGGUGACCAGUAUUCUGAUUUUGGUUCCACUAUAGAAACCCAAGUUUUUGCGUGUUUCACCUUUGUUCCAUCAACAGCAGAUGACCAGGACAUGGUUCCUCUAGUUACUGCUGAUGUCUCAUUCUGGAGCGCCAACCGGCACACAGUCAGUAGAAAGGACAAGUAAUUCAAAUGCGGUUUUGCACUUAAGACUGUAUUAGUCUUUUAAAAUAAUUUGUAAUGUGGAUAUUCUUGUUGCCAUUCUGUGGUAUCAUUCUAUGGUAAAUGUAUUUUGUAGAGACUUACUCUGGAGUAUUGGAAAAUGUAAAAGGAAUCUCAAAAGCUACAUAAUGAUAUAUGGAGUAAUUCUCCAAAUGAAUCUUUUUAAAAUGGUAAAUAUUAUUUCAGUAAAUAACAUAGACUAAGAUAAAGUAUGUAGGUAAUUUUAUUUUAUUAACAAUAGCAAAUUAAAUUCAUGAUUGGCUCUUAAGCUGUUUCAUUGUCAGCUGAGCAUUUUGCUUUAUUUUACCUGUUAAAUCCCACAAAUUUUAAUCUGUAAUACUUGUUUAAAGAAAUUGGUGGGUCUAUGAACAAUUAUGACUAUUAUAGCCAUCUUUCACUACCAAGAUGUUGAGCACUGGAUGGAUCUUUCAGCUUUGAACACAUGUUGGUCACCCUGGGCUGGAUAGUUGUGGCGGAGGUCUUCUUGCUGAAAGUUCUAAGAAUUUUUUUGUGCCAUUAUCAUGGAGGGUUUAAAUCAAGUCACAUGGAGGUACAAUUAAUUGUUACUGAUACAAUUUUCAUCAAGUAAAAAAGCAACUGAGGUAAACAUUCAGUUUAGGUAUAGAGAAAUUGUGAUAUUGGCUGCUUGUCAACUUUGGUUCUCUUCUCUUCCAAAAGCAAAAUUCAUAUAUGUGUACAAGAGUAGGUAAUUUCAAAGCUGCCAGUUUCAAGCUUCAGCCAUAAUUGCCUAUUACUCCAGGAAGUAUUUUCUGAAAGACCAAGACAGUCUUUUAAAAAAAUAUAUAGUUUGGUUAUUCUGAAGAAAUCCUGUAGUAUGAGCAUUCUGCCGUAGUUUAUUAGCUCAACAUGAAUUAUGAAAAAUUAGACUGUCAACAAUGUGCUCACAAGUGCAUUGUUUUGAUUAUUUUUCUGUGCGCGUGUGUGUGGGUCUGUUUGUGUGGCCGUGUGUAUAUAUUAUUCACCAAUGAAAAGAACCAGGAAAAAGAACAUCUACAUAUGCAAUUGGGUCUCUUUUGUACUUAGUUGAAAUAUUUAUUUUUCAUUGUAUUCAAAUCUUUGAUGUCCAGAUACCUUCUAGAUUGUAAAAAUGAUCAAAUAGCCAUGCAAAAUUCUAUUUCCAAGUUUGUGUUCUUUUAUAAUCCACAUGAAUUAUCUUUGCACUUUUUAAAAGAAGUAAGUUAUUAAAAAAUGUAUGGAAUUGUCA